GGGCCCUCCUUAGAUCCCUGCUCUGGAUCAGAGCAGAGAGGAUUUGAAUGAAUGGAUGAAUGUUGAUGGAUGGAUAGAUGUAUGGGGAAGGUGGUGAGGUACCUUGAAAUUAAAUGAAGAAGGAACUUGCAUGGCCGCAAUUCAUAAGAAAUAUUCUGAUCAUGGUUGGAUCAAGAAACCGGGCACAUUUAAGGAGGCCUACUUGGAUUAUUGUUUUAAUUGCUAUAGUAUGUGUUUUUCUGAUUGCUGCAUACGUUUAUCCGCCGCAAAGCACUUCCACUUGCUCCUUAUUUUCCUCACAAGGUUGUGGUCGUAGUUUUGAUCUUCCACCGGUUGCUCGUUCCCGGCAAUUAAGUGAUGCAGAGAUUGAAUCUCGGAUUGUUAUCAAUGAGAUUCUGAAUUAUUAUCCUGUUCAAACCAGGACUCCUAAAGUUGCUUUUUUGUUUUUGACUCCGGGUUCUUUGCCUUUUGAGAAGCUCUGGCACAUGUUCUUUAAGGGCCAUGAGGGAAGAUUCUCUGUUUAUGUACAUGCAUCGAAGGAAAAACCAGUACAUGUCAGCUCCUAUUUUGUUGGCCGAGACAUUCACAGUGAACCGGUAGGCUGGGGGAAAAUUUCUAUGGUUGAAGCAGAAAGGAGACUUUUGGCAAAUGCACUUUUAGACCCUGAUAACCAACAUUUUGUCUUGUUGUCUGAAAGUUGUAUACCUGUGCGCCGCUUUGAAUUUGUGUACAACUACUUGUUAUUAACAAACGUCAGCUUUAUUGACAGCUACGUGGAUCCUGGUCCUCAUGGAAAUGGCAGAUAUAUAGAACAUAUGUUGCCUGAAGUUGAAAAGAAGGACUUCCGAAAGGGUUCACAGUGGUUCUCAAUGAAACGGCAGCAUGCAAUAAUAAUUAUGGCAGACAGUCUCUAUUUCACAAAAUUCAAGCAUCAUUGCAGGCCAAAUAUGGAGGGAAACCGCAACUGCUAUGCUGAUGAGCAUUACCUGCCAACCUUUUUUAAUAUGCUUGAUCCAGGUGGAAUUGCAAAUUGGUCCGUAACGUAUGUUGAUUGGUCUGAAGGAAAAUGGCAUCCAAGGUCAUUCAGGGCUCGGGAUAUUACUUAUCAACUCAUGAAAAACAUAGCGUACAUUGAUGAAAGUCCACAUUUCACAAGUGAUGCAAAGAGAACAGUGGUAAUUACACCUUGUGUAUUGAACGGCUCAAAACGAUCUUGUUAUCUAUUUGCCCGGAAGUUUUUCCCAGAAGCUCAGGAUAAAUUGAUACAACUUUUCUCUAAUUCUACAAUAUUCUAAAGUAUUUGUUUUUUAUCAUUCUUUGGUGAAUCAACACCAUGUGAUCCCCGGCCUCACUGUCUUUGCACAUACCGAUUUGUUUUGAAAAGCACCCAAGACAACUGGAUAAAUUGCAUAGGAAGACAGAAGCUGAUUCAGUUAAAAUUUACUUGCUGAGGCUUGAUGGAACUGCUGAGCUUGUCUGGUUGGAUAAUUUGCUGUUCCUGUUGUACUUUUUUUACCUUUUAAAUAUUUGAAACAUCAUAGAUUCUCCUGAAGGAUGAAAGUUUUGGUAUCCUCGAUAGAGACUAGAGAGGUUUUGAUUUUGACU